AUGACACAACCUGCUGCUGCGCCGACGACGCCGGUCAAUGGCAGCGCCUCGGCCAAGCCCAAAGUUGGUCCGCACCCGGGCUUCAUCUCCAGCUCCAACCAGUACUCGUCAGAGACGCGCAUCCGGCGCAUGUUCCGCAACAACGGCUGCGAUCCCGCGCGCGAGGAUAACUACCGCCUACAGGGUGUCCAGCUGAUUGAGAAUGUGCGAGAGCACCUCAAACUGCCCGUUCGAACGUUUGAUACCGCCUGCAUCUACUUCCACAAAUUCCGACUCAACUUUCGCGACGCAGAGUACAACUGCCAGGACGCGGCCCUCGCGUCACUGUUUGUUGCGUGCAAGGUCGAAGACACGAUUAAAAAAUCCAAAGAUAUUCUGGCCGCCGCCUACGCCGUCAAAAACCCUGACAAGCCUGCACCGACCGACGACAAGAUGUUUGACCAAAACGGCAAAAUUAUCAUCGGCUUGGAGCGCCUCAUCCUCGAGACGAUUGGCUUCGACUUUCGCACGCGGUACCCGCAGAAGCUGCUCGUCAAGAUUGUGCGCAGCAUCCUCGGCGCGUCCAACGAGGCCGCGCGAGCCUUUUACGCCACCGCGUACGCCAUGUGCAUCGAUAUGUACAAGACGUUUGUGCCCGUCAAGCGCACCACCUUUUCCAUGGCCAUGGCCGUCGUCGAGCUCACCGCGCGCCUCACCGACAAUAGCAGCAGCAGCAGCAGCAGCAGCAGCAACGGCGGAGGCGGCGAGAUGCUCGGCCGCGUCGAGGCGUUUGCCGCCCAGCGCAGGCAGUACGCCCGCGCGCCCGUCAUGGAGACGAUGCUCGAUCUGCUCGACCUCUACGUCCAGCACCACAAGGCGACAAAACUCGGCGCGCGCUUCGACCUCGCGCGCUUCAUCGACAUCAAGAUUCAACUUAACAAGGACCUCGACGCGUCGUACGCGCCGCGGUAUCUGUUUCACUGCCAAAAGUGCGAAAUCGACGCGCCCGCGCCCGCGACGCCCGCGGCCACAACUCCAACGACGUCAACGCCAGCGACGACGGCUGCGUGGCCGGGCGGCGACUCGUCGGUGCGCAGGUCGGCGCGCGGCCAGGACGGCACGAUGCGCUUCGUGUUUGACCCCGAAGCGGCCAAGACGGAACAGGACGCCGUGGCGGUGCACUUCAAGGAGGAGUACGAGGAGUACGAGAUUGAGGUUGAGGAGCCGGUACCGCCGCCGCCGCCACCACCGCCGGAGCAGCCGCGCGGCCCGCGAGACGGUCGUGAGGGCGGCGGCGGGGGUGGACGAGGGCCAGGAGGAGGGCAUGGUGGUGGCCGUGGUGGCGGCGGCGGUUACCGCGGCGGUGGGCACAGAGGCCGCGGCGAUCGGAGAGGGGAGCCGUACGGAGGACAUCGCGGCGGUGACCGGUAUCAAAGAGGUCGAAAUCGUCACCACUAG